AUGGUACAUACGUACAGUGGUGCACGACCCAUUGGCCUUCAGGAUUGUACAAUUUUAUCGGGUCGUAUCGCGAUUUCGCGAAGAAACUCUAACAAUACUAUUAGGACGGUCUCGGGGCUAGAGGUAGAUCGCAAGCCUUCUGACGUGGAAAGCAAACUCAAAAUUGAAGCUUUGGCUGAAAAACAAAACAAGAUAUUACACCGGCGACUAUUAGGAAGUCUAGUUGGUGGUCUCCUUAACGUGACAUUGGGAGAUGAUAACAUAGUAAAUGACCCUCUCAAUGGGACGGAAUCAGGUGCCCAAUCAAACGAUACAUCAGGCGAUGGAGGGGGAUUGCUUGGUGGCAUAUUAGGAGAGGAUGGGUUAGUCGAUGGCGUUUUGGGUGAAGAUGGUGUUGUUAAUAAUCUCCUCAACGAAACAUUAGGGGAUGAUGGCACAGUUGGUGGUCUUUUGGGCGAGGAUGGUGUGGUAGGUGGUCUUCUGAAUGCAACAUUAGGAGAGGAUGGUGUAGUAAAUAGUCUGGUGGGUGGGGAUGGUAUAGUUGAUAACCUUUUGAACGAAACGUCAGGAGGUGACGGUCUACUUAUUGGUCUUGUGGGCGAGGAUGGUCUCGUUGAUGACCUUCUGGGUGGAGAUGGUAUAGUUGAAGGCCUGCUGAAUGCAACAAUAGGCGAUGAUGGGUUGGGCGAUGACCUCCUGGGCGAGGAUGGGUUGGUUGACGACCUUCUGGGACAAGAUGGUUUAGUAAAUGGACUUAUCAACGCAACAUUAGGGGAGGAUGGCUUAGUAAAUAAUUUGCCUGAUACUGUUGUGGAUGUGAUCGAUGAAACGGUGGGUGACAAUGGCUUAAUAGAUGACGUGCUUGACAUUGUUGUGGUUGUAGCGAAUGACACAUUGAGUGAAAAUGAGCAGAUUGUGGAUAAUGUGGUCAAUAAUACCAAUACCACACUCGACGACAUUGUUACAAAUCCCGCUUCUGCCCCGGGGAAGCUUAUCGGAUAUAACGGAACCGAUGGGUUCGAUGAGCAUGAGUUCUUGGGAGACUACCCUGCACCCGUCUAUGAGCCAAGUGGUUGGCAAUUUGCAGACGGGUAUUGGUGGACAGUGAGUUGUUGGGUGCAGGCGCCCUAUGAGCCCGAAACGCACAAACCCAUGGCACCAGCAGGCGGAACUUCUGCCGAUUGUCCAAAGGGUCUGCUGUUGCAAUGGUCGCGUCCUCCCCCACUUGCGGUGUAUAUGAAUGAAGCCUUCCAAUCGGGUGUGAAGCUGACAGUCAAUCACGAUAGUACAGCGUUCCAGAUAAACAACCUGGAUGGUAUGGCUUAUUUCAUCCCGCACUUUGCCAUGUACGGGUGCUUGGAGUUCGACGGCAUCUACUGCAUACCAUCUAUCGACAGCACGGACGACUUCAUGAAGAUAAACCAGAUGGUUCCCCCUAUGCGUAGCGACGAGAAUGUAACCGAAUACCAGUUCAUGGGGCAUUUGCGUCUCAUGGAUGGUAAAUAUAUGGUGACGUCUCACGUCAACUUCUUUGAUGAGGAUGGCAAUCAAGUGAUAAUGGCGUUGGGGGCUUUUACUACCGCAGAGCCCGAAGGAAUGGCCCGUUGGUUGAGUGCGUUAUUUACUGUGGGGCUGUUGGCUGUUGUGCUGAUUGUGUUCGUGAUGAUCUACUGGUUCUAUCGCUUCAGGAAAGAGCGCCGCAAAGUCAAAAGACUCCGCCCUCAAACAUAUCCCAAGAACCUUCCUGCACCGUUGCUGGACGUAGACGCGCUGGAUGAGAUAUCCACUGACGAGUACAUCAGCAGCGAACGCUUUAUGGCCUUAGAAAAACUGGGCGAUGGAGCGUAUGGCGAAGUGUUCAAGGGCGCGCUUUUCAGGGAGGGUACCCCCAUACUAUGCGCCAUCAAGACACUCAAAGAGGAGCAUCGAGUCACUCUAUCGGACAAGUUUUUGGCUGAGGCGUCUGUGAUGCGUCAGCUGAGACAUCAGAAUGUGGUGCGGAACAUCGGAGUCAGUGGAAUUGCCGAGACGGAGCGAGCGGAGAUAUGCAUUCUCAUGGAGUUUCUAGAAAAAGUAUAUCUGCAGAAGUACCUGAUAGAUAACCCCCAGAUCUCUGCGGCGGAGUUGCUGAGCUUUUCGGCGCAAAUUGCUCGCGGGUGCGAGUGCAUCGCCAGUCACAGUCUGGUGCACCGUGACAUAGCUGCACGCAACUGUCUGCUGGGACAGAUGGGAUCAGGGGGUCACUUCACAGUCAAGAUCAGUGACUUUGGUCUGGCGCGUGUGUUUGGAGGUGAAGACGACAACUACAUCAUGGAGGGAGAAGGGCUUAUGCCUAUCCGGUGA